CAUAGCGACAGACCGACAGACAGGCUAGAGAGCACCCACCCUCCUCUCUCCAGCAUGGAUGUCGCCACAGAAAACGUGGACGUAGAAAGUGGAAAUACCUCAGACCCAGAGGACGACAAUUGCUCAGAUAACGAUUUUGAACCGUCAAAACUCGGAACGAAAGAAUAUUGGGAAGAUGCGUACCAAAAAGAACUUGAGACAUUCACAGACAUUGGGGAUGUUGGUGAGAUAUGGUUUGGUGAAGAAAGCAUGAGCCGUGUGCUGCGAUGGAUGGACAAAGCUAAUAUCCCAGAAAAUGCUGCCAUUCUUGACAUUGGCACUGGAAAUGGAGCCUUUUUAGUUGAACUGGCUAAACACGGAUACAGGAAUCUGACUGGUAUAGAUUAUUCGUCAGCAUCUGUAGAAUUGGCCAGAAAGAUUCUGGAGGCGGAGGACUUGACGGAUGUCACUGUAAAGGAGAUGGAUUUCCUUAACUGCUAUGGGGAGCUAAAGGGUUUUGAUGUCUGUAUCGACAAAGGAACAUUCGAUGCAAUAAGCUUAAACCCAGACAACUCCAAGGAGGGCAAAAAACUCUAUCUCCAAGUUUUAAAAGAUGCUCUAAAGGACAAAGGAUUCUUUGCUGUCACCUCCUGUAACUGGACAAAAGAGCAGCUGCUAGACAGAUUCAGUGAAGGAUUUGAUUUUGUACAGGAGUUGCCUACACCAAGUUUCCAAUUUGGAGGCAAGACGGGCAACAGUGUGACAGCACUCAUCUUCAAGCGAGUACAUUGAUUCACAUGUCCCCAGAGGAAAUUUGUUUUGUUUUUUUGUCAUCAAUUCUGUAGUUUUUUUCUGUGCAGACGUUUUCGCCCAGACCUGAUUGUAUAGCAUUCCUUUUUUUAAAGAUUUGUGUAAUGAAGCAGGCAUACAGUGUAACUGAUUGGAACAAUACUCUUGAAAUAAAUAAAUAUUUUUUGUUUUGUUGCUGUCAUAUUAACUUUGCAUUGAUGCACACAGUGCUAUAGGCACCUGAUACAUAUUUUUGUGAAAUUGUUCUGUAAUAUUUGUUAUACAGUUACGCAGACAAUUAAGAUUGUUUAAUUCAAUUUCAGUUUCAAAGAUGUUUACAUACAUUUAAAAUGGUGCUUCACGUUGGAAUGUACUUAGCAGUAUCUCGUAUAGUAUCCCAAAAAUAGUACUGAAGUCAUUUUCUAUCACACGUUCGCUUUCAAAACUGUUUCAAUGCUACACAGGAGUAUCUGUUAACUCCUGUGUUUUCUGUGGAUUAAAAAACAAAACCAUAAUCUGUCA